AAAAAAACUUACAAUUGUUUACUUCCUUUUCCGAACAUGAAUCCUGUUUCACUUAGUGUUAUAACAUAUCCUCAACACAGUCAAUAAUAAGAAAAUACUGAAAAAAUAAUUAAGUUACAUUUCACGAAGAGAGCAUAAUUUAAUUAAACUGGAAUAAUUUUAAAGCCAAAUAUGGCUUCAAACUUCAGUUUCUCUGUUAGUCAAACUUCGGAUUCGAUUCAUGACUUUGCAUGCACUCCGUGUAAAGAUGAUGGAUUAAAUAAUGAGGCACAGUUCUUCUGUGAUGAGUGCAAGAACUAUUACUGCAACAACUGUGAGCAACUACACAACAAACUGUUUAGGACACAUUCCGUGUUUGGGAGUCAAGAUGUGAGCAAGUGGGUGGGGUAUGUUGGACUGAAUCCCAUAGAAUCAUGUGACAAACAUGGUGGCAAGAAGCUUGAACUGCUCUGUGUGGACCAUGAUGAGCUUUGUUGCCACAUUUGUGUCUUUCUCACUCACAGAAUGUGUCAGAAUAUCAAGCACAUUCCUGACCUGGCUGAUGGACUGAAGAAGCAACCAGACUUCAAGAAACUGCCUACUGACGUUGAUAAGAUCGCCGACAGACUUCAAGAAAUGACAAAGAAACGAACCCAAAACAAACAGUCCCUCAAAGACUCUGGGAAGAAAAUACUCGUUGAAAUCAAGUCACUUAGGCAGAAAGUGAAUGAAACGUUUGAUAAAAUAGAGAAAGAGGCAAAUGACAUCUUACAAGAACAGCUCCAUGAGACAGAUGAUUUCCUGCAGGAGGACAUUGACAAAUGUACAAAGCUUAAUGACAAACUAAAAACAUACCUAGAAGCCAUCCACACCCAGGAAGAUGACAACACUUCUUACAUAGCGUACAGGAAAUGCAAGAACAAGAUGAAAGAAGCAGAGAGCCUGCUACAGGAACUGUCAACGAAGGCCGACACAACACUCACAUUCUCUGCUGAUCCUAGAAUUGAACCUUUCUUUUCGGGACUUCUGAACACAACUGGAAAAAUCACUGUGGAUUAUGGUUUUAAGAUUAGGACAGUUUUCAUUGAAUUAUUUUAAGGUUAUGACAAAUAAAUCAAUACAUUGUUAAAGGCGCACAAUGGAUAUUGAUGCAAAACAUUUUGUUUUUAAUUUAAAUGUACUUUAAUGUACAGUUUAUGUUGAAAACCUUAAUGUGGAUUUAAUGUUUAUAUGUCAUAAAAACGAGGCAAAUAAAGUGAAACUGUGCUUGAUUUCCAGUAGGGGAACAGUGGGUUCGCAUAUUUAAACUAACGACUGAGAACGAUGGUGAAAAAUUAAAAAAAUGUCAGGGUGGCAUUUUGACUGAAACAGGCUUAAAUAGAAACGUGGCGAGUGUGUUAUAGCUUAAGUAAUAUAUUCGCUGACAUAGUGUAUAUUAAAUGUCUACUGAGCAUUAAUUAUUGCAGCUUUUAUUAUGUUUCACUAUAAUGUAUGCAUGAGCUUGUAGGUUAAAUAUAAAUGCAGUUGUAUGUACUAUAUUUCUAUGGCAUUCACACUGUAUUUGUUUUUGAUGUUGCAUAAAUGCUGUAUUUAUCAUUGCAAUAUGUGUUGCAAAUACGUUCUGCUCUUCAUUAUUGGAGGAAAUAAAAGUUUAUCUAUGUAUAUAUAUCAAGUAUGUUUCAUUCCGAGAUCCUCUGCCAUUUUUAUCAAAAACAACCUCGGAUGUAUACAGACGGUUAACGUCAGAAAUCGGUAUGCUUUAACUACGCUGCAAGUAGAUCGCGUAGUAAUUUCAAUUUAGCAGUUAAACUUAAUAACUUAACUCUUGGGAAUCUUAAGAAUGUUUGCAAUAAUACACUUCGCUGGCAAUCAAUUACUUGCAGCGUAGUUAAAUGAAAAGAAUUUCGACAGUGUAAACCGUCCAUAUUCAUCCGAGGUUGUUUUCGAUGGAAAAUGGCCGAGGUGCUCCGAUUGCUGAACUCGAAGUACCAGGUUACAGCACAAUGUGCCCUACCGGCUGAGCCAUGGCAUAUAUAUGUCGCAUUGCAGAAACAGAAGCAGAUGUAACAUUAAUUGUCAAAGGUGUGCACGUAUUUAUAGCAACAUGCAGAAAUCUGAGUAUAUCAAAUCAUAUUGGCAAUUCUUUCAUUUAUUUACUGAUAUCAGAUCGUGAAACCCGUGCACAAAUCGGUAGUAUUUUAUAAAGGACAAAAUAAUUUAAUUUUGUAAUCUGUUUUGUAGCCAAAUUGAUUUUUUAGAAGCGGGGAGCGGGGGUGUGGGUGUAAACGCACAUGUUAAAAUACUUCAAUUUCUGAUAAACCUCUGUUCUCUCUUGUACCCUUGUCAUUGAGGUAUGUAAAGGUCAAGGAGAAUGAAAUUUUGUAUUUUGUUUUGUAGCCAAAUUGUGUUUUAAGAAGAGGGUGAACGGGGUGUGUGUGUAAAGCUCACAUGAUUUAAUCAUCGGUGUCCUGAUAAGCCUCUGUUUCUCUAUGAAUCCAUUUCAUAGAAUUGUCAAGGCCAAGAGGAGAACGGAAUUUUUAUUCUGUGGUUGAGUCUAAUUGUGUUUUUUUCAAGGCUGAGACUUUACGCUCUUGAUAAGGGGAGCAGGACUUUUCAACCGCAAUACUUUUUUGGUCUUUCGCAUCUCGUUUCAUAUCAAGUUAUUUAUACCCGUGUUAACAUUGCAGCCAUUAUUUACAUCUCGAUAUGGAAUAUCUAUAUUAAAUAUGAAUUAAUAGAAAUUAAUAGUUUUAUUCAAAUGUUGACAAUUAGCAAGUAAAUAUAUAUGUUUCAAUUUGUUUAAGUGUAUAAUCACUAAAUGAUAUCGAAAUCUUACUUAUAUGCAUGUAAGGAAACCUUAGGCAAGACUCAGAUUAUUCUGGAUAUUGAAUGGGUAAAUAUCAAAUAAUUA